AUGUUGCUCAUCGCCUUCCUGGGUGAGCUCGUUGGCACGUUCCUUUUCCUUUUCUUCGCCUUUGCAGCCACGCAGACUGCCAACAACCUCCUUGGCAACCGGGGCAUGGACAUCCAAACGCUGAUGUAUAUCUCGCUGGCAUUUGGAUUCUCUCUGGCAGUCAAUGUCUGGGUCUUCUUCCGUAUCAGUGGUGGUCUCUUCAACCCUGCUGUCACCGUUGCCAUGGCUCUCAUCGGGGCCGUGCCGUGGCUCAAAGCCGCCCUGCUCAUUGUUGCGCAGAUGUGUGGUGCCAUGGCCGCCGCUGGUCUCGUUGCAGCAACCUUCCCAGGUCCACUAUCUGUUCGCACGCGCCUUAGUGCUGGCACGUCGAAAACCCGUGGCGUAUUCAUCGAGAUGUUCUUGACCGCCAUGCUCGUCUUCUGUAUCUUCAUGCUGGCAGCCGAGAAGCACAGGUCUACUUUCAUGGCUCCUAUUGGUAUCGGUCUAGCUUUGUUCAUCGCCGAACUAGCAGGCAAGUAG